AUGGCUAACCCCAUGAAUAACUACUCCCUGGACUUCUCGACUGGUCGCGAUGAAUCAGAGGACCCGAGAGAUAGUGUGCCAGGACACUUACACCCCUCUCUCACCUCCGGAGACCCCGCCCUCAUGGCCUUCCCGAACCCGGGCAACUAUGCCUUUGGAGCCGUGCUGCCAGAAGAGGACGAUGAACUCCCCCUCCAGGCCUUCAACCGUCCACAUGGUCCCCAGGGUGACCUGGAAGGACGUCUCUCCAAUGUGAUGCUGGCCUAUGACUCGAUCCCUAGCACCGUUUCAAUGCCGAUGAACCUCGACGCGAGUGGCGCGUUCGCAUACGACAUCCCGACAACCUACCCCGCGACUACGAUGGGACUUGCACCAUCGAUGGACCAGCAACGACAACUCCAACAGGUCUACCCCCCGUUUCCCCAGCCCGUGCCACAAUCGAAUCAAUACCUUCAGCAGCAGCAGCAGCAGCCGCCUGCGCCUUCUACUCGCAAUGAUCUCUAUAAUAGCACCACCACCGCCACCAACUCUACCGGCAGUUUUGACGACUCUGACUUCUCCCGAGGCAGCGAUCCAUCCCAAGCGCGUCAACCACGGCCUCUCCAGGAUAGCCAGCGGUACCCGCAGUAUAACCAGCCCACCCAACCUGCCCAGCCUGCUCAGCCUGCCCCUUACCGCGCGUCGCAGCCGGUGGCGAUUCAGCCUAAGCAGCCGACACAGAUCAAAGCCUGUCCCGUACCUCAAGAAGACUAUCAAUCACCAGGGCUUUCCACGCCCGACGCUGCCAAAAAUGAACAUACCGGCAUAUAUUCGAGCAGCGGCUUCGACAUUCUAGGAGUUCUAAGUCGAGUUUCUGUGCGCCCGAACCCUAAAAUCAACAUUGGAGCUGUCGAUCUUUCCUGUGCUUUUGUGCUCUGUGAUAUCACACGACAGGACCACCCGAUUGUCUAUGUCUCCGACGCCUUUGAACGACUUACUGGCUACGCUAGAGACGAGAUCGUGGAUCGCAAUUGUAGAUUCUUGCAAGGACCCGAUGGCAAAGUCGAUGCUGGUGCCAAGCGAACCUUUGUUGAUGGACAGACCGUCCAUCGUCUACGGUCAACCAUUCGUGACCGUACAGAGAUUCAGGCUAGUAUUAUCAAUUACCGAAAAGGUGGCCAACCGUUCAUGAAUCUGAUUACCAUGAUUCCAAUUCGAUGGGAUUCGGAUGAUUAUCGGUUUUAUGUUGGUUUCCAGGUUGAUCUGGUAGAGAAGCCAGACGCCAUUACAAGAAGGAAUCCAGACGGUAACUACACUAUCAACUAUCAGCGGGAUCAACUUCCUCAAUACAUUGUACCCCCGCCUGAUGUAUACCGGCUCCGGCCAGAUCUCCUCACCCAGUUCGGACAUGACCAGGUUACUGCCAUCCUGAAUGCAGCUGGCGUUCCUGGGUCUGGAGUCUCACGGAACUACCUGGAUCGCAUCCUUGUUGAGAACAGCGACGACGUGAUCCAUGUUUUAUCUUUCAACGGCGAAUUCCUAUACCUCUCCCCGUCUUGCCACAAAAUCCUCGAAUAUGACCCAGUCGAAUUGGUCGGCAAGACGCUAUCAACCAUCUGCCACCCAAGUGACAUUGGGCCUGUGAUUCGUGAUUUGCGCGCUAGCACCACCCCAGCACCCGUCAGCGUCGUAUACCGCAUUCGUCAGAAGUAUAAAGGCUACAUGUGGUUCGAAAGCCACGGUGCCUGGCACAUUGAUCCCCAGCAAGGAAGAAAGUACCUCGUUAUGACAGGUCGCCCAAGACCCGUCUACGCGCUGGACCAGAUUGCUCAGUUGGGUACCUCGGCCGCACUAGCCGAGAAUGACGUCUGGGCAAAGGUGUCUUUGUCUGGCGUUAUCCUAUUCAUGACCACCAAAUCAAAGCCAGUAUUGGGACGUCCACCGGACGAUUUCAUCGGCAAAGGCCUGCAUGAACUCAUGGAACCCGAAGGCGGGCCGAAUGCGAUAUCAGACGCCUUAGAAGCCGCAGCCAAAGAAACAGGCAACGAAAACGACGGCAAGAAGAACGACGGUAGUGACAAGAACCUCGAACUUCCUUCAUUCAGACACCAGAUGCGUCAUAAGAAGGGCCACUCACUUUCCGCACACACCACAAUCUACUCAGGAGAUUCGAACCAAAAAGUCCGACCAACAUUCCUAGUCAUCCAGAUCCGAUUCGCUCGAGCAUUCCCACCCUCCCCCACAGCCCUCGAAGCAGCCGCAGACGAAAAUCUCGCAAAUGCCCCCGGCUCAUCAAAAGCAACCACACUAAGCUUCAAAGACGCCAAUCCACCCCGCCAAUACGGAGCCCUAGGCCAACGAAUCCCAGACCUAUCGUCUUUCAUCGGCCUGAAUGGGCUUCCCACCGGUAACCGCAGUAUAUCACCAUCCGACGUGCCGGCCACGUUCUUCACAGAGCUCAAUCCAACCCGCGGCUCAAGCUGGCAGAUUGAACUCCGCGAGCUGGAGAAGCAAAAUCGCACACUUGCCGAGGAACUUCAACGGCUUGUUAGUCGGAAGAAGAAGCGCAAGCGUAAGCAGACUGCUAUUUCGGUUGAGAAGGCUUGUUCGAUGUGCAGUACUAAGAAUACGCCUGAAUGGCGACGCGGGCCGAGCGGGAACCGUGAUCUAUGUAAUAGUUGUGGGUUACGCUGGGCGAAACAAAAUCGCAUCCAGGCUCAGACUACUACUGAUGGUGGUUCUACGGCGACGGUGCCAGCAACUACAAUGGCUUGA